AUGGCUUGUGUUUUUGAUGUAGAAAUGAAGGUGGGUUUGCGGAAUUUGGGCAUUGGUGUGGGACCAUUAUUGUUGUUAAUAAGCAGCUUCAUGUUGAGUCUGCAAGCAGUGGAAGGAAUCAGAUUUGUGAUAAACAGGGAAGAGUGUUUCUCUCAUAAUGUGCAGUACGAGAGGGACACAGUUCAUGUUUCUUUUGUUGUCAUUAAGGUUGAUGCAUCUUGGCAAUAUACUGUUGAAGGUGUUGACAUUGUGGUUAUGGGGCCUUCGGGUGAAAAAGUUUACGAGCUCAUGGACAAGACAAGUGAAAAGUUUGAGUUUGUGGCUACUAGUAAAGGCCUUCAUCGUUUCUGUUUUACCAACAGGUCUCCCUAUCAUGAAACUAUUGAUUUUGAUGUCUAUAUCAGCCACUUAUCCCUCUAUGAUCAGCUUGUAAAAGACGAGCAUUUCAAUCCUAUGUUGCAACAAAUAUCAAAAUUAGAGGAAGCACUUUACAACAUUCAGUUUGAACAACAUUGGCUUGAGGCUCAAACUGAACGCCAAGCAACAGUGAACGAUGCAUUGAGUAGCAGAGCGGUGCACAAAGCCAUUUUUGAAUCAGCAGUAUUAAUAGGUGGCAGCUUCCUUCAAGUCUUCCUCCUCCGUCGCCUUUUUGAGCAGAAGGGUGGUCCUCCUAGGGUUUAAACUCUAAUUAAGAACCAUAUUGUGCAAAUCAAGAAGCAUCUAUUAAUGUUUAUACUCUGAUGAUGGGUGAAUUGUAUGAUGAUUAUAUGUUGAGAGACAGAAUUGAACCUCCCAAAACCACAAAACAGGCACUUAGAAACCCCUUUAUGUAUCAAAAACUUGGGUUCUUCCACUACAGAAAA